GUUGACAAACUGACAUUUCAUUUGCGAACAAGUGUCGAUGCGCAUCUCAGAAGAGAUUUGGUACAGAAGAUCACGUCCUUGGCAGAGCGAUUUGCUCCAGACAAUGAAUGGUACGUGAACACAAUGAACACUGUCUUUGAAUUGAGUGGAGAGCUGGUACCAGCUGAGACCGCUUACAACUUGAUGCGCCUGGUUGCAGAAGGUGCAGGGGAAGAUGAGUCCGCUGAUAACGCCUUUCGGGUUUUUGCCGUCAAUACCUACCUGAAGCUCCUGGAAAAGCCGACCCUGUCAGACAUUUUGGUGCAGGUUAUUGCCUGGGUUCUUGGUGAGUACGCGAGACUUGCAACUAUUGACGGCUACACAAUUGAAGACAUCGCGGACCUCCUCACAGAAUGCAUCGAGCGUCCGUUUGAGGAUCCAUCUACUCGAGGUUACCUAGUAACAGCUCUAUUGAAACUAAUUGGGCAGCAUGGUCUCAAAAGCACGACGGCGGAAGAUAUCAUCCGCAGUUACCGCUCGUCACGCAUGACGGACCUACAGCAGCGAUGCUAUGAGUUCGAGCAACUUCGGCAGUCGCCGGCACUCAUGCGAAAGGUACUGCCAUAUGAUGCGUCGUGUGAGGAUAUCAUUGUCAACAAGGAUUUGACUUUCUUGGAGUCAUUCGUCCGGCACAAACUUGACGAAGGUGCAAAACCAUAUCAAAAUGCGUCAGAGCGUGCUGCUCGAGCGCAAACUAACAGUGCACCAAAGGCUGAAGCGGAGUCCAAACCUUCAUUGAACUUCAUGCCUUACGAGGCUCCUACAAAGCCGCCACCAACGCCUUUUCCUGCAGCUUCAAUUGAAGCUCACGAUUCAGGUGUGCCAGGUGCUGCGGAGGCACCCAUCCCCACUGGCUUGAAUGUCUCUGGCCCCAGAAAGUGGGGACCGAGUGGGUACAACCAGCCUCAUGGAAAAGCUGAUCCACCUCAGGCACCUGUGCAGGAAAAGCCAGCGGUGGCUCAAAGCGAGAGCUUCAGCCAAGUUCAUCAAACAAAUCAGAAGCCUGCGCCGAAAGCUGAACCUCCAGCAAUGAAUGAAAAGCAGAAAAUGGCUGCAGCUUUGUUCAGCGGGCUUGGCAGUGCGGGCGCUACGAGUACUACAAGUGCUGCCCCUCCUUCAGCUCCCAAAGCUCAAGCCGUUCGGACGCAGCCACGCGAGAAAGUACUGGAAGCGCCAGCAGUGCCAGCUUCAUCUCCUGUGGAUCUGUUGGAUUUGGAUGAUGGCGCCAGUCCUCCAGUUGCUCCGAUCUCGCAGUCUCCAUCACCCAGCGCCCCGAGUGGUGACAUGCUUUUAUUGGACAUGGAGGAGUCUGGCCCAGCCCAGCCUUUGUCUGUGCCGGCAGUCCAACCACAGCCGGUCCAGCCACCUCAGUUGCUGGGCCCGCUGCAGGUUACAACUGCUCAAGUGGCGACCAUGUGGCCUCAGCUGGCUUCUGAACGAGUCGCGCAGAUACACACUUCCUUAGGAAGUUGUCAAGAGAUGAUGUUCAGACUGCAAAAUGCAGUGAAUGUCAGUCCUGUGGAGAUUAUUGGCAUGGAAGGCAUUGCAGCUGGCCGAGUGUUGCCUGGAAACGAACCAUGCUUUCUUCACGGAAAACUUGCUCCACCGAGACUUGACAUCAAGGUCAGAUGCCGUGACGCAGGAGUUGCGCAGAGCGUGGCAGACCUAUGUCAAAGGUCACUGAGCUAGUGACAUGGCUGGCCCGUUGUGACAUGAUAAACAAUAUCAAUAUUUGUGUGCAUGAUAUAC